ACGCUGUGCCUGCGCGUGUGGCUCGCCAAGUCUGUACAAGGUCUCGCGGAAACCGACCGCAUGGACGGGGGAGCACGUUGCUGAAGACAGACGUCUGCUUUCGUUGAAUUUGGGAUACAACGCUAAACACAUUCAAACCACAACAUUUUCAGGUAACCAAGAUGUCAGACCACACCAUGUCAUUCCUUGCCAAUGGUAACGGUGAGAGCCACACCACAAAUGGCCAUUCACACCUUGUAGUCAAUGGUGUCUCUAUGACCAAUGGAAAGUCCUCUUCCCCACCAACAUCUUCCAACUUCGCUUUGCCUCUGCGACGAAACAAGGGUCAAGCAGGGGAUGAUGAGGAGGAAGGUCUAAAUUUCAAGGCACCAGAUCAUCACAAAGACCUGCUGGCAGCCAUGUUAUCUCUGCAACGUGAACAUCAGUUUUGUGAUGCUACAUUGAGGGUUGGAGAGAGGGAGCUGCCAGUCCACCGUGCAGUGCUAGCUGCAGCCUCACCUGUGCUGUUUGAGCUGUUCUCUCGUGCGGGGGACCUGCAUCACACGGGCGCCAUGUAUAAACUGAAACAUAUCAGCUUCCAGACAUUCAAAUAUAUCCUUGACUACAUGUACACUGGCAGGCUGCACGUGACGGCUGAGGAGGUAGGAGAUGUGUACAAAACGGCCAGGGCUCUGCGCGUGGAGCAGGUGGCCCGCGCCUGCUCCACAUUCCUGGCUUCUCGCCUCACUCCUGCCAACUGUCUAGGUGUGCGCAAGUGUGCUUGUGAGGAUGAAGAGUUCCGUGGCCUGGUUGAUGACUUUAUUCAAAGAAAUAUUGACAAGAUCAUCAACAACAAGCAUUUUUACGGAUUACCUGACCUCAAAGUGGAAAUAAUAGGAGCUGAGGAGGCCUUGGAACGUGGUGGGAGUGAGCGCCAGUUGUUUAAUCUGGUGCUGGAGUGGGCACGAACCAAUGUUGAUGAGUCAAAACCCAAGGUGGAAUUGCUGACUGAGGAGGUGAAUGUGCUCUACCUGAACACUGAGAACCAUCUUCAGGAUUGCAAGGAGGUCAAUGAUUCUACAAUCUCUGAAGACGAUAUGGUGUCUGACUACAAGAAGCAUUCUCGCAGAAGGAGUGUCCGUAAACAAAGCCCUGACAGUGGAGAGCACAGUCAGAUUAUGAAUGGUGGCAAAGCCCUUCCCUUCCACAAGUUUAGCAUCAGUCCAGAACGUUCUCCAGCAGAUAAUGAGUGGUCUGUCAUUGCUAUCUCAAAACAGGGUGAAAGUUCUUAUGUGGGCCUGGCAGUCCUGUUUGGCAAGACCAUGACUAUUUCUCUACACCUGCGACACCAUGCCACACCCACCAUUCCACAGGCAGGUGUGAAGUUGGCUGCUCAAGUUUUAGACAGAGGGGACCAAGCAGUCACGUUGAAGCCUUUGGAGACCAUGGCAACAUCACGCUGUGCUUUUGGAGCGUGUCUGUGGAAUGAUAGCAUUGUGGUGUUUGGUGGUUAUGAUCGUGGCCAAUGCCUUGUCUCAGUAGAAGCUUACAGCAUAAAAGAUGACCGCUGGUCACAACUGCCAAGCAUGAAGAAUCCUAGAGCUCGCUUUGGGGCAGCAGCUAUUGGAGAUCGUUUGUAUGCCAUAGGAGGCUCAGAUGGAACACAAGAUCUGGAUUCCGUACAUUGUCUUGACUUCUCAGCCAAUAAAUGGAAAGCCAUUGCAUCCCUUAACGUACCCAGAUCUUCAGUAGGUGCUGCUGAGCUGAAUGGACAACUGUACUGUGUUGGAGGCAGUGAGGGGCAGAGACGUCUGGCAUCCUGUGAGAUGUAUGAUUUGAAUAAAGGAACCUGGACUUUCUUUGCAUCACUUAACAUAGCUCGUUACCAAGCUGCUGUAAGUACCUUUACUGGAGGUCUUGUGGCUGUUGGAGGAACAGAUUCAUGGAACUGUCUGUCCUCUGUGGAAAUCUACAACCUUGGCACCAACACUUGGACCAUUGUUUCCCCACUAAAUAGCGCACGGCGAGGGGCAGGGAUUGCUGUUUUUGGGGACAAACUCUGGGUCAUUGGAGGAAGUGAUGGUGUCAGUUCUUUGCGAACAACAGAAUUCUAUGAUGAGGACUCUGAGACCUGGACAUAUGGGCCUCAGCUGAAUGUUCCCCGUGCCAACGUGUCUGCUGUGAGCCUGCAGGGCAGCCUAUAUGCCAUUGGAGGGUUUUCUGGCAAAAAAUUCCUUAACACCAUGGAAGUACUCUGUGAAGACAAGCACCAGUGGUGUGGGUUCUUGCCUCUAAAAAAGCAGAAUGGCCAAGCUGGUGCAGAGGCAGUAAAAGACGACAGAAAAGAUGUUAAGUGCCAGCAGAAUGGUGACAUUUCUGGUACAGAGUCAUGAAGCAGGUGAAUCUGCCACUAACAGUGGCACUAGAAUUUUUACAUCGAUCACCUAUCAGGUCUUGUGCACCUAGCACCAGGAUGUCAAAUGCAAGGGAAAAAAAAAUCAAAAAUGGAGAUGUGGACUGGCGACAAUGACCCUAACAGUAAACCGCAUUUUUUGUGAACACUGAAGGCAAAGACAUUGGACUUUUGGUUGCACAAAAUCCAGCAGAAUAUUUGCAAAGCUGCCAUUAUGGAUCCUCUGUGCAUGUGUAUGGGUGCAGAUGUGUGGAUGAACGAAUGUGUGAGCGCAAAAAACAGUGGUAUAAGAGUGAUAUAAUACUAGUUCUUGCAUGACAGAUUUUUGUUUACAGAAAGCUGUUUAUCAGAUGAAAUAUUUCUCUGGUAAUUUUAUUUUUCAGUCUCUUGCAUGCUGCAAGUGGAUUUCUACCUGUUGCAUGAAAUUUUACACAUGCCAGGGAGAGUUAGUCUUUGCUCAUUUAUUUUUUUAAAAAAAUGUUUAAAUGUAAAACUUGUCAUUUCUCUGUGCUAACUUUAUAUUUUCCCAAGGAAGUAGAAAGACUUGACUGUUUUCUGCUCAGACUACUCUAAAUUACUCACUUCAGCCAGAUCUCUGAGCUACAAUCUAUUAUGUUAGGAUUUAGACACAGUGAAGUCCUGUAAUAAAGAGGGGAAACCAAUGAGGUUGGAUUAUAACUAUUUUAACCAUCGCUUCAUAACCCUUGUGAUAACAGUGACAUGGAAUGCUUAGAUACAGUGCACACCAUGCCAAGAUGUUCAAAACAUAAGCACCCUGAGGUGCACAUAAAAAAAAAUGUCAAGGUAUAUGUAAGGUCAUCGUUAAGGGUAUUUUGUUCAAGAGUAAGUGUAGUUGGACACAUUUUAUGAUCUCCAGUCAUCACAAAUAUAUCUUGGGGAACUGCAGUUGUUUAAAAUACAAACCUCUGCAAUGGAUCACAUUAACAUACUAACUGUUAAAUAUAUAGCCAGAUGUUUUAUGGUUUAUCUGCAGAAUAGAUCCUAUUAUUACAUUCACAACACCAGCAACUUUUGCCAUCAUUUCAAGUGGUGAACUGAAUAUAUUAAGGCUUAGUGGAUUCUUUGUGUGUGUGUGUUGGGAAAUUUUGUUUUCUAUUAUUAUUUUUUUAACUUUCAGCGGUAUGCUUUAUUCUUUGAAAAUGUUUGCCUCUGUGUGAUUGCUUUAGGUGCAAUUCAUGUUGGGCAUUAUUUCUGGCUUUGUGUAUUUAUAUUCCCAAGCGUAAGAAAAUAUCUGUUGUAAUGCAUGUAAUAAAAAUGAAAACAUCACAUUAAAGCAGCUCACAGCAGUAUUCUAGUUUACAUUUAUUGCAACUUUAUCAUUUAGAAAACAUGGAAAUUUACAAGCUAGUGCCCCCCCUUUUUUUUGUCAAAGUUCUCAGAAAAGGAAAUGAUUAAAAAAAAUGCUCUUGGUUGUCUGAAAUGAUAGCUAGUCAAAAAGUGCCCUUGCUAGAUUGAAACAUUUGCUUCCUUUUGGGAGAGUGAGUGCACAAAGCAUGUUUGCUAUAGUAUCAUUUGUUUGCCAACACUCCUGCUUCUUAAAUGAGGGAAUGUCAGUUCAUUUGUAGUCUUUUGUGUACAGCACAUUGAGGAAAUGCACUCUAGAAAUUCAAUUGUUCUUUGAAGUUGCUGUGAAAUUUCACCUGUAUUUUUAAGAGAAAUGAACUUGCAAGCACAAGCACUGUCAGUUUAUUAGGUUGAGCAUUUACAUGUAUGGCAUAUUGAAAAAAACUGUCCUGUUGCUCAUGCACAAAGUCUGCAUGUGAUACACCAGUUAAGUUCUAUAGCAACUCUGCAUUUUCUAGUGUUAAGUACUGUGACUUUGUAACCAUGCUAGGAUAAUGGGAUCACAUCAGUUUUCUGAUUUCAGUUUUUCAUCUUAAAUCAAUAGUUAGAUGCAAGCCAUAAGCAUUUGAUGCUAUUAAAAGCCCAUCUAGUUUAAACUAUUAGUCACCCAGUUAUGAAGUACUCAGUAACCUGGGAAGGUUAAUGGAACUGUGUUUUAUACAGUUCAGAACAUGGUAGCAUGGAAGUGCAAUCUGAAAUGAAAAAUGAAUGUGCUUUGAACAUUUUAGUAGUGGUUGUAAGGUUAUGAAUAAUAAUGAUUUUACCUCAGCAGUUGUCAAUACUAGCAGUCUAAGGCUUAACAUACAAAUGAUUAUCACCAUCUUGAAAGGUUUGUCACUCAGUGUUCAUUUAUGUUUGAUCUGCAUGGUCCUAGGAAACGAACCCAUGUCCUUACAGGAUAUAAAUUACCAUUCAUAUUCAAAAUGCUAUGGCAUUUUUAUUUCCAUUAUCUUUUGUUGUAAUUGAUAUUAAUUAUGAAAGAAGAUAUUUGAUAGUUCCAACAUAAAGGGAGGAAAGUCCUCUCCAUUGCAUUUUGUAGCAUAAAAUUUUGUGUGUGGAUGUGAGGAAGGCUUUUCCUUGACGUGCAGCUAGUAGUGAAUAGUUAACUGGGUGUUAUGACUUGUUUGCCUUCUGAGGUAGAAGGAUUUUUUUUUCUAUAACACUUUUUCUGGUCACUGAUGAUGGUCAAGAGGCUGUAAUUCUAAACUGAUGGGAAGCGACCUGAUUUUCUUGCCAGUCCUUCCAUGUAGCCAGUUUCUCCAGAGUCAUGUAAAUGAAUUGGUGUGCUCACAUGCCCAGCCCUUUGACCCAUUGGAAAGUGUUCCCCUUGAGUGUUCUACACUUUACCAGUUUUUUUCCAUGAUGCUCUAAUGGAAAUUGUAAUUGAAUGGCAGCCUUUUAAGUAAAUAAAAAACAUUGCACAAA